AUGGAAAAAUGUAAAGGGCUUCCUUUGGCCAUCAGAACACUGGGGAGUCUACUACUUUCUAAUCGUACCAAGCAUGAGUGGGAGUCACUGAGAACUAAUGAUAUUUGGAAUUCGGAAAGCAUUCUUCCUGCACUUAAACUCAGCUACGGUCAAAUGCCAACUUAUCUGAAGCAAUGUUUUGCUUUGUUCUCCCUUUAUCCAAAGGGUUAUAUUUUUAUUAGUUCUGAUGUUGCUUGGCUAUGGGGGGCUCUAGGUUUGCUUCUACUGCUAAGUCAAGGUAAAACUUUGUUAGAUGUUUCAAAUCAAUAUUUGAGUGAAUUGAGUUCCAGAUCUUUCAUUCAGGUUGUUGAAGACUAUGGCACUUUCUUUUAUUUUCAAAUUCAUGAUUUAGUUCAUGAUCUCGCAUUACUUUUUGCAAGAAAUGAAUGCGUCAUAGUCGGUUCAGACAUCCAAAAUAUAUCAGGAAAUAUUCUGCAUCAAUCUUAUAUUGAAGAUGAUUUGCGUAGCAUUUUCUCCGCACAAGGAAUAUUUCUUGUGAGAACCGUACUAUUUCCUGUUCACGGAGUGGGAGCCAAGGCUGAAGUUUUGUUGAAUGCAUGGAUAUCAAGAUACAAAUCCUUGCGAUUUUUGGAUUUGAGUGAUUCUACUUAUGAGACUUUUCCCCAGUCCAUUGCUAAGUUGAAACAUUUAAGAUUUUCUCUCUCUCAGAAACAAUACCAAAAUUCAGAGGCUGCCUACUUCAAUUUGCAAACUACUAAAUUUGCAAUCUUUGCUUCUUGA